AUGACAAAUGUUAUUCUUCUAUGGAAUUGCUGUGGAUAUUUGGAAGGAAAAUCGAGUAACGGAGCCAGGGCGAACAAGAAGAUCAAGGAUGUAGUGAAGAGGACUAAGAACAUCCGGCUCCGUGCUCACUUUUUCAACACCACCGUUCUUCCUGUUUUCACCUACGCUUCGGAAAUCUGGAUACUUCGGAAGCAGGAGGAAAAUGUGGACAGGGUCAUAGAACGGUCAAUUGAUGAAAGGAUGAUUCUAGGAGCAUCACAUCUUACGCAUGGGAAACCUGGAUAUUUCACUUCUUAUUUGCGAAUUGCGAUUAUAUCAUGUAAUAUCAUUUUGGAAGAUGACUCGUUCUUGAAGUAUAGAACAGUUCUAGGAAUCUCGGAGGGGCUACGGUACCUGAACGGAAGCGACACAAAUCCACAUUCUCCGCCUUCUGUUGGUCUAGGGAUUUCUCCUCCUGGUCGGUCGAAUUCUCCAGGAUUUGACUCGAACUCAGAGAAGCCAGUGAAUCGGAAGCGUACAAACACUGCGUCGAGUGGUGGCGGUGGCGAAAAGAGAACUGCAAAUAAGAUUUGUCGCGUUUGCGGGGAUAAAGCCUUCAGUUACAACUUUAAUGUAAUCACUUGCGAAUCUUGCAAAGCCUUUUUUCGUCGAAACGCUAAUAAGGAAAGAGAAAUUCGAUGUCCUUUUAAUGAACAAUGCGAAAUCAACGUGGUAUCUCGUCGUUUUUGCCAGCGAUGUCGAUUGGCGAAGUGUUUUGAUGUUGGAAUGAAGAAAGAAUGGAUCAUGUCAGACGAGGCUCGAUUAGAAAAAAAGCAGCGUGUUGAAGAAAAUCGCGAACGCCGUUUGGCUGAUGCUAUGGCCCGUAACGAUGUAGUUGAUGAUGAAGACACCCAGAAUGAUGCAGAUGUUGCGGAACGAAUGAGACAACGCGUGCCAAAUCACAUGCAAGACAUCCAGCUUCAAUCUGAGACCAUGAAAGCUGACAUGAAAUCUGACGAGAUCCCCGCAUCAGUGGUAAGACCCUCAGAGGAUAUGUAUAACAUUCAUAUGACCCAAGAACACGCAAAUGUACCGAUAGUGGUUCCUCCAUUGUUGGAAGCUGGAUCGACUGCAGUUGCCCAGUCGUUGGCUGACGUGAGUUCAACCACUACCGCAGCUCCUACCAUGGAUGUUGAUCCGGCUACUACAAUGAGCAGCAGUGGUUUUAUUCCACCAGCUGUAGAGCCAAGUUUACUUGUUAUGCCACAAAGUAACGCAGUGAAUUCCGUUGAUCCGACUCUAAUGGCUCAAGCUCAAUUAGCUGCCGCCGCUGCUCAAGUUCAGGUCCAAGCAGCUAUCAACCAGCACCAAAUAGCUGCUGCUGUUGCUCAACAAGUGGCUGCUCACAUCGUAAAUGCUGCUCCUGUUGCGGCACCCGUGCCUGCACCUAUUCCUGCUCCGAUUCCUACUCCAAUUGCCCCAGCAUUGAAUCAACCACCUAUCCUUACUCCUGCUCCAGCUACAUCGCUGCUUUUGACUCCAUCACUCAAUCCAAUGGCGAGCUCGAUCACCAAUCCUAUAGCAAAUCCCAUCACACCAAUGACGGAUAUGGUUACAAUUCCUAGAGAGGUCCUCGUGAAACUCAUCGAGAACAAUCCUCCAAGAGUUAAUUGCACUUGUCAGUGUACCUGUGGUCGGUAUCCUCCCGGAUGCGUGAUAGUCGAUGAGGUAACGAAAGACCUCUUAGCCGCGGGGAACAAUACUGCUUCAACUAGUACUGCCGCUACUACUGUUAAUACAGAGAAUAAGGAUGAAGCAAAGCUGGAAAGCGCCGAGGAUUUCCAUAUGAACGGAUUGCUACCAUCAGAUGAAUCCAGUGUUCAAUGGCUUAAUGCUUGUGCACCUACGGUGGAUCUUCGCGCUGUCGUGGAUGAACGACCCAGUGGUCGAAGGGACUCGUUCUACCUCAACUCGGGAACGGUUGAUACAAGGAUUAACCCUGUUCCAGCGCCAACAAAUUUAAAUGCACUCACUCCAUCCGACCAUGUGACUGUAAAUGAUGUGUUAGCAGCCAAUCUUGUGUACAAAUCCUACGAGGGAUGUAUCGAUCCGUCUCGACCUGAUGAAUUCAAUCCUCAUCUUGUGAACUUUGCUGAGGGUAGUAUUAGACGUUUCGUACGUAUGCUCCGGAGAUUACCAUGUUUCAGCCUAUUCUGCAUCCAGGAUCAGUGCAUUUUAAUAAGAAGAUCAUGUGUACCAUUCAUGGUCAUUCAUGGUGCAAUCUCGUACAUUCCAAAUGAUCCACGUCUGAUUGGUCAACCUCUUGAUCCUCGAUUGUCUGAGGUUUUACCUCACUGUAUAAGGUACUAUUCGUCGUUCAAGGAUGAGCUACGCAGCAACGAAAGUGUCAUCUUAAUUCUUGGAUUGUUGACAGUCUUUGACGCAGAAUCAGUUGGAAUACAAAACAAAGAAGGCGUAUCGCGACAGUUUUCCUUCUAUAGCUCUUUACUUCAACGGUUCUUAUACUCUUUGGAUGGUAAUGAUGGUGUACUUUCCGCGGCUGACUACCGACAUUUGAUGGAACGGUUGGGUGCGGUCGGCGAUGUGGCGUGCCAAGCGCUGACAAUAACCCGCGAACUGGACACAACAGAUGUCGAGCGACUUUUGCAUGAAUAG